CCGGAGCUCGGCUCAUCCCCUCCUGGUGCUGCCGAGGGAGGGAGGAAGGCAGGGAGGCUCUGCCUGCAUCCAUCCCACAGAGCAGCUCAGCCAGAGCAGCUCCUCGGCCCUUGCCCUGCCCCUGCAGGGACCCAGGGGUGCCCUCCAUCAUCAGCUGUGCCCUCCUUCAUCAGCGGUGCCCAUCAUCAGCGGCGCCCAUCAUCAGCGGUGCCCUCCAUCCAUCAGCAGAACCACCCUGCCCUGGUGGCAUCCCAGGGUCGGGAUUUCAGAGCCACCCCUGCCUCGGAUAUCCACAGCAGAGGAGGAAAGUGCACUGGGCUGGAGGGCACGGUCCUGGCUCCAGGACAGCAGAGCCUUCUGCACAGAUCCCACCGAGGAGAUGCUCCCGGGGACACCAACAGCAGCGAGCUCAUGGUGUGGAGCAGGGGCUCUGGAGCCUUAUCCCAGCCCUGCCACCAGCUCUGAAAGAAAUCUGACUUUUUGACCAUUCCUAAUGAGAAACUCGGAACUCCAGACUCCUUAAGCCCUGAAUUAGGAGAGAAGAGAUCCUCCCAGACGUUUGGCAAAGCAGAAAACAACCUUCCCCAGCUCACCCAAGGAUAAACCACCUGCUGUGGCAGAGAGAAGCUGGCAGAAAGCUGAUUGCUCAGUCUGUCUGGAAAAACAACACUUGCAAGGACCAAAGCUGUGCCAACCUUCGCAGCUCAGCUUGAGACAAGAACCAAAGCUUUUCACCAUCCAAAGGAGGUGACCUACCAAGAGGAGCCCCAAAGUAUUUAUAGGAUGGAAUAAAAGCCAGAAGGAAGUGUAAAGCACAAGUGUGAUGCUCGUUGUCAUUAUGACAGCAAGGUGCAAAAUGGUCUGCACAGGCCUGUUCCUCAGUCGUGUGAGCAGCAGCCUCAACACCGCGGGGAUGGAGCAGCUCCUGCUGAAGCCAUCCUGCCAUCUGUGCUGAGUUUCCUCUCCUGACCUCCUCUGUGAGCCUGGUGAGGGGAGACAGGAGAUCUGAAGGUAAAUACAGAAAAUGGACCAAAGCUGACAGAGAGCAAUGACUGAGAUCUAUUUCAAGUUCCGCGGGAACCUGACUGGCCGUGUCCACCUUCCAACCCUGGCUACUGAAGUAGACACAACAGCAGACAAAUAUUCUGGCCUCUAUGUGUACGUGGGGCUGUUCCUAACCCUGCUGGCUCUCCUCCUGAUCCUGCUCUUCUCCAUGCUCCUGCGCCUGAAGCACGUUGUGUCACCCAUCACCUCCCCAGAGAUCACUGAGAACGUGCAGCACUUCACGGACGUGGAGAUGCACAGCAGGAUCCCCACCACGUAGGGAGCCCACAGCAAAGAGGGCUCCGUGCUUGGGAAAGGUGUUGUUUGUUCAGCAAAGGUGGUGGACAGAAGCUCUGGCUGCCUGCUGAGCCCCACAAGUUCUUGCAAAGCCUCAGCAGCAUCUGGAGGGUGUCACUGGUACCACGGGCAGCAUGUGUGCAACAUCCUCCAUAAAAUGGACAUCACAGAAACCUGCUGCUGUCAGGGGAGGCUCACACCCCCUAAAAACCUUGCAGAAAAUGGGAAAAACCACAUUAAUGACAGCCAAAAACCCAGAGAGACAUAGCAGAAUGUGUCCUGGAGCCUGUGUUUGCUGACUUCUCUCUCUGAAACAACAAAGCUGAAGUGGUGUAAGUGGGAAGAGCCUACAGGGCACACACAGAAAUUGUUGGUGGCUUGAAAAUUCUCAGGCAUUUCUCACAUUCAAGAAGGAAAACAUUAAAUUGUUCUCUUUCACUUGAAUGGCAAUUAAACAAUGGAUCUUCACAAAUAUAGAAAUCUUUCAUCACCUUCUGGAACUAUAUCUUUCUGACAUUAGAACCCAUUUAGUGAAUAGUUGCACACCAGAUAUCAAAAAGAGACAAAACUUUAAAGAGGAAAGAGAAUAAAGCCAAAAUUGAAGCAAGGUUUAAAACAAAAAGAAGCAGCAGCAGCAGGAAAUGAGAUAAAAAAACUUAUAAGACACUCUACCUCUUCCUUAGUCCUUCUUUAUAUUAAUUGAGCAGAACACAAACAUUUUAUGCUCCCAUGCUUUUAGGCUCCCCAGUAUCACUCAGUCAUUAAAAUGCAGUGUAAGUUUUGGGAGCCCAAUUGACAUUGCUCUCCUAACAGACUCCACUUCAUAAUAACAUGUUCUCUCAUGUCCAUAUUGGGUUUUCUUCCUCAAAAGACAGACGAGUUCUUCCGAAGAUUUUUCAUUUGUUUUCCUCCAAAGAAAGCUGAGGAGAUGCCCAGGCCUGGCACUGCAAUAAGGAAUAGCGGGAACAGCUUUGGACACAAACUAACAGGGAACAUGCAGAUGGAAAAUAAACUCACUGAGCACUGGAAGAUAUGAUUGGAUUCAAAUAUCCUGAUGGAAUCUCACGGGGGAAAGAAAUGUUUAUUUGGAUUUAUGGAACAACAAUCUGACCCAGUCCUAUGAGUGACGUACAGAGGUAGCCUUUGCUGCUGUGGAUGGAAAAGAUGGAACCAAAUAUGGGAAAGCACUCCUGGGAGAGCCACUGCCUCUCACAGAAAAACCUUCAGUGAAUUGUUUCAGCCACAUCUCUAAAGGGCAGGUAUUUUACACAGCUUAUCCACUUUAUUACAGUCUAACUCUAGCUCAGCAAUAAAAUCCCCUGGAUGUUUUCCACACAUAUCUACAUUCUUAUUUGCCAAUUCUCCUCUCUCCAAGGGCUUGGACAGUGUAAAGUCCUCACAGACACCCAGUGCAAAAUUAGAGAAGAUGCUGUCACUUGGACCUGUGAUAGUAACACAAUAUUUUUCUUCAAAUGCUCUGUGUACAACAGGUUUUUUGCUUACCUUUGAAGGUCUGGGUGAGCUGUUUGGACUGGGAAUAUCUGGGCUUUUGCAGAUGGUUGAGAGGGAAACAGAAUAACAGGUAAAACCCCCCCUGGAUACACUGGAUCCAUUGGCAGGACUAGUGCAACUUCUCACUGAUGUAUUGAGUACAAAACCAUUUAAACAUUGCUUCCUUAUACUGAAUAAUUCCUUUUACUUCAUUAAUCCCUGUGAAUCACAGAAUCCCAGAAUGGUUUGGGUUAGAAAGGACCUUAAAGAUCACCUUGUUCCACCCCCUGCCAUGGGCAGGGACUCUUUCCACCGUCCCAGGCUGCUCCAAGCCCCAGUGUCCAACCUGGCUUGGACAGUGAACCAGAACAGUGAUUGUGUGAGGGAAUACACAAAAAAUUCACUCUCAGCAGUGUCUCUCCAUGCCAUGCUUGGCUGUGUUUCCCUGGGAAAAUGGCAGGAUGCAGGUUAUCCUCUGUGGAGACAACACCAGGCAGGAUCACACAGCAUCUGAAGAUUGCCUCCUCGACUCUUAAUACUGCACAAGAGCCAAUUUUUUUUGUGAUGAUCAGGAUAUUAAUCCAGCUAAGACAGAUGGCUACUGAGUUAGACAAUGACAUUUAAAAUUAACAAAAAUCCAUGCUGCUCAAGUUGGUUUGGUCUGUGUU